AUGAAAAAGCUGAAUCUUGAUGAGAAGGCUACUGGACAAAAGAGACUACUUCAAUUAAAUGAGCUUGAUGAACUCCGUAAGGAAGCCUAUGAGAAUGCUAAGAUAUACAAGGAGCGCACAAAGGCGUGGCACGAUAAGAACUUGAUAAAAAAAGAGUUUCAACUCGGGCAACAGGUACUUAUGUUGAACUCAAGGUUGAGACUAUUUCCUGGCAAGUUGAAAUCAAGGUGGUCUGGCCCUUAUACUGUCAUGAAAGUUUUUCCUUAUGGCUCGGUGAAAGUGCAAAGCAGAACAGGCACCCCAUUCAAAGUGAACGGUCAAAGGUUGAAACCAUAUUUGGGUGGUCCUAUCGACCAAGCCAAGUCAGUGAUCCUCUUGAAGCCCAUCUGA